UUUCCAGGUUUAGAUCCAGAUAAGCAUCUAGGAAAAACUCUGGAUCAAAUGGAGCCUGAUCUUCUGGAGCUUUCUGAGAAAUAUGGAGUCCAUGUUUGCGGAGAAGGUGGAGAAUAUGAAACAUUCACUCUGGACUGCCCUCUGUUUAAGAAGAAAAUAGUUAUAGAUGCAGCCAAGGUGGUUGUGCAUUCGGCUGAUGCAUUUGCGCCUGUGGCCUACCUUCAUUUUUUAAAAUUACACCUGGAGAAUAAGGAGGAAUCUUCAGGUACAUUUAUGGUCAAUAGCUGUUCUUGUGAGGUAAGCUGCAAUGAUGACAAUAUUUUCCCUUCAUCAGAAGAGGAUGAACCACAGGAAAGCAUUCCAGUCAUCUGGAAGUCUUUGAAACGUGAUUCUUUGGAUUUCACUAAGACGUUUGGAAGUUCAGGAAAAUCUCUGAGUGGUUACCAGUGGUUUUCAGGUAUCACUGCCCAUGUCCUUCCAUCAAAAGGCAAAAAUGCUCAGGAGGCAGCAAGGGAAGCAUUUUCUUCUCUCCGAGCUAAUAUGACUUCAGAGGGAUUGAAACUGAAGGAUAUUAUUUUGGUUCAUCUGUAUAUGAAGAGCAUGAAAGAUUUCAAUGUUAUAAAUUCAGUUUAUGUGACAGAAUUUUAUUUGUGUCCACCAGCAAGAGUAUGUGUGGAAACCCUGUUACCUGAUGGAGUACUGUUUUGCAUUGACUGCCUUGCACAUAAGUAUGACAUUGCAACGGAUGAUGUGUUACAUGAUGAAAAACUGGUCAUGCAUGUACAGAGCAUUUCCCACUGGGCACCUGCCAGCAUAGGACCUUACAGUCAGUCCAUCAAGGUUGGAGAUGUUGUCUACUGUGCUGGACAGAUUGCUCUAGUACCUUGCACCAUGCAGCUUGUUAGCGGUGGCGUAUGGACUGAGGCCAUAGUUUCCCUCCGUCAUGUUGAGCGAGUUCUUCAAGCUAUGAGCCAGAAGACUGCACUCCACCAUGUCAUCACAGCCAGCUGCUAUGUAACUGACAGCAAGCACAUUCCUAUUGCUCGCUCUACAUGGCAGAAGAAAUUAAGAGAAUGUAAAAAGGUUGAAGAUUCAGAGACGUAUCAUGAUGUAACUGCAGUGUGGGGGUUGCUUGAUGUGGUUGUAAUCUCCCACCUACCCAGAGAUGCUGCCAUUGAAUGGCAUGUUGUUGCAGUAGUUGAUGAUCCACUCCAAAGAAAACAUUUUGCAAUGAAGAUGUUGUCAGAGGGCCUCCAAAUUGAGUGUGAAUCUGUGGAGUCUAGUUCUGCAUCUUGUGCAUCAAUCUCUGUACGUCUGAGCUUGAUUUCACCAUCCACUUCUCAGCUUGAUUUAGAUGGACCUCUUCAUGACUUAGUUGCUAUGUUUAGACAAGCUGUUGAGAAACUUUCAGAAGACUGCAGUGCAAGUCCUUUAUCUUUUAGAGCUUUCUUCAAGGAGGAUGUCUUUGAUGCUGAAGCACUACAAACAGGUAGGACUUACGAUGACAGGAACCAGGUGUUAAUACUAAGCGUAAG